CUGUCCUGGCCAGCAUGAGGCGGGGGGUGCUGCCUGUCUGUUUGUGUAGCCUUUAGCUUGGUCCCCCGAACCCCCACCAAGGUCCAUGUCACUAUCCCCAUGUUAUAGGUGAGAAAACAGAAUUACCCAAGGGACUGGGUUGGAAGGGCAGGUCUGAGGCCAACCGCACAGCUUGUAGGGAGAAGAACGACCUGCAAAGCCUGUGCAGGGGAGCUGCUCAGCCACAGCAGUGGUUGGGACCGAAGGAGGAUACGUGUCAGGCAGCGUGCUCUUGGACACCCCAAUGUCAGACCCAAAGAGCAGAGUCCACUGCCAGGUCCCCUCCGCCGGCUCCAGGCCUGCCGCUUCGCCCGGUCCCACAGGGACCGCAGCCAGCCCGCCCGCUCUCCAUCCUGCGGCUGGAGAUGACCAUGAGGGCUGCACACGUGUGCACCCAGGUGCAUACAGAUGUACAGGGGCCACGCACGGCAUAGGUGUCAUACGUGUGUGGUGUGCAGGUGCAGUGUGUCGAGUGUGUGUGUGGCACACGUAUAUGCAUGCCCCGAGCGUGCCACGCAGCUUGGUCCCUCCCCACAGGCGGCAGAGAUCAGAUCCCAGACCACCUCCUAUAAACAUCUGCCAGGGUUAAGACCACCCAGAGCUCCCACUCCCCUCCAGGGGCAUCGGUAGCCUCCCCCAGUUCCUCUGGGUGCCUACUGGGCACCCCCACACCUGAGCCCCGUGUCAGGUCCCCGGGGCACCCAGAGGCUAAGUAGGAUCUGCUGCUGGCACAUCUUUCGGGGCUCACCUGCACACACCUGGUGCUGACCCAGCUUCAGAGGCCCAUUUGGUUGUAGCCUUUCCUCCCUGCAUGCCCAACUGUGCCCUCUGUCCCCAGAGGGAGGCACCUGCUGGGUCAAGAGCCCAGGCAGGGUGUGGGCAGAACCAGCCUCAGGGUCCCUGAAGUUUCUAGGCAACAGCCCAGCCCUGUUCUCAGACAAGCUGGGAGGCCACAGCCCCCACCCUGGGGCCCUCCCCACCCCAGCCACAGGAUGGAGAGCAGGCGGGCUGGCUGGCCGCUGUCCUCCUGGCUGGUCUGCCCCCUGAGCCUGCAGGUGGAGCCACCCCUGCGGCCCACCCCUCACCCCUAACCCCCGGCUACUAACAGUCCUCCCCAGGGCUGGAAGAGGUGUUUCUGUACCUACUCCUCGGGGCACUGGCACCUCCCCCACGCAGCUAGAGACCCCAGGAUCCUCUGGCGGAGAAGUCCUGAGUGUCCCUCCUCCUUUCCAGGAAUGGGGUGGGUGCAAAGGGGCUUGGGCACAGGCAGGUAACAAGAUCAUGGUCAGUGGCUGCUCAGAGCCUGCCUGCCCAGGUCACUGUCAGCCAGAGAGCCUGUGGGUGGGUGACAUCAGGAUAAAAGAGUCCAAGGAGCACAAACCUACAGGGCCCAGGAAAGCAAGGGUGUCCCCAGGGGCCCCUGGGCUUGGCAGAUGAGGACAGGUGAGGAUUUUGCUAAGCAAAUCCUCUGCCCUCCCCUGCCCCAAGUCAUCAUAUCAGGGCCCCCACCCGGUUCUCUCAUUUGCCAUCCCUGCUGGAAGCUGCCACCUGCCAUGCCAGGCCUGACUCUCCCGGGCCUCGUGGCUCUCUCGGGCCUCGGAGCAGGCACCCCCAGCUGCUUAUCCCAGCAGCUCAGGAUGCAAGGGGACUAUGUGCUGGGCGGGCUCUUCCCCCUGGGCGCAGCCGAGGAUGCAGGUCUCGGCGACAGGACUCAACCCAGUGCCACCGUGUGCACCAGGUUCUCGUCCCUUGGCCUGCUCUGGGCGCUGGCCAUGAAGAUGGCUGUGGAGGAGAUCAACAACGGGUCUGCCCUGCUGCCGGGGCUGCACCUGGACUAUGACCCCUUUGGCACGUGUUCAGAGCCCGUGGUGGCCAUGAAGCCCAGCCUCAUGUUCAUGGCCAGAGCGGGCAGCUGCGAUGUUGCCGCCCACUGCAAUUACACGCAGUACCAGGCCCGUGUGCUGGCUGUCACCGGACCCCACUCAUCCGAGCUCGCCCUCGUCCCCGGCAUGUUCUUCAGCUUCUUCCUCAUGCUGCAGGUGCACCCCCCACCCACCCCCACUGGCCCUGCCUACAGGAGCCCUGCAUCAGGAGCUGCCUCCCGGUCACUGCAGGUCAGCUACGGUGCCAGCAUUGACCGGCUGAGCAACUAGGAGAUCUUCCCGUCCUUCUUCCGCACGGUGCCCAGGGACCGCGUGCAAGCAGUGGUGACGGUGGAGCUGCUGCAGGAGCUCGGCUGGAACUGGGCGGCCGCCGGCAGUGAUGAGUACGCGCAGGGCCUGAGCGUCUUCUCCAGCCUGGCCAACGCCAGGGGCAUCUGCAUUGCGCACGAGAGCCUGGUGCCGCUGCCGCACACGGGCAGCCUGCGGCUGGGCACCGUCCAGGACCUGCUGCACCAGGUGAACCAGAGCAGUGUGCAGGUGGUGGUGCUGUUCUCCUCUGCCCAUGCCGCCCGCACCCUCUUCAGCCACAGCAUCCACUGCAGGCUCUCGCCCAAGGUGUGGGUGGCCAGUGAGGCCUGGCUGACCUCGGACCUGGUCACGACACUGCCCGGCAUGGCUGAGGUGGGCACCGUGCUCGGCUUCCUACAGCAGGGCGCCCCGAUGCCCGAGUUCCCAUCCUACGUGUGGACCUGCCUGGCCCUGGCUGCCGACCCCACCUUCUGCGCCUCCCUGGACGCUGAGCAGCCUGGAGAGCACGUGGUGGGGCCACGCUGCCCCCAGUGUGACCACAUCACGCUGGAGAACAUAUCUGCGGGGCUGCUGCACCCCCAGACCUUCGCUGCCUACGCGGCCGUGGACGCCGUGGCCCAGGCCCUCCACAACACGCUGCUCUGUGCAGCCCUGGCAGCGCCCCCACUGGCUCCAACCCACCCCCAGCUCCUGGGGAACAUGUGCACUCGCGGCCUGGAGCUGCGGUUCGAUACCAGCGGGAACGUGAACAUGGACUAUGACCUGAACUGGGUGUGGCAGGACCCGACGCCCAAGCUGCACACUGCAGGAGCCUUCGAUGGCCGCCUGGAGCUGCCCUGGCACACGCCUGGGGACCAGGCACCCGUAUCCCAGUGCUCCCAGCAGGGCUGAGUGAAGGGCUUCCACUGCUGCUGUUACGACUGCGUGGACUGCAAGGCCGGCAGCUACCAGCGCAGCCCAGAUGACCUCCUCUGCACCCAGCGUGACCAGGACCAGUGGUCCCCAGACCAGAGCACACGCUGCUUCCCCCGCAGGCCCACGAUCCCGGCGUGGGGGGAGCCGGCCGUGCUGGUACUGCUUAUACUGCUGGGCCUGGUGCUGGGCCUGGCGCGGGCAGCCCUGGGGCUCUUCAUCUGGCACUGGGACAGCCCGCUGGUUCAGGCCUCAGGCGGGCCACGGGCCUGCUUUGGCCUGGCCUGCCUGGGCCUCAUCUGCCUCAGCAUCCUCCUGUUCCCCGGCCAGCCAGGCCCGGCCAGCUGCCUGUCCCAGCAGCCCCUGCUCCACCUUUCCCUCGCUGGCUGCCUGAGCACACUCUUCCUGCAGGCGGCCCAGAUAUUUGUGGGUUCGGAGCUGCCACCCAGCUGGGCAGAGCAGCCGCGUGGCUGCCUGCAGGGGCCCCGGGCCUGGCUGAGUGCUCUGCUGGCGGAAGCGGCACUGUGUACCUGGUACCUGGCGGUCUUCCCGCCGCAGGUGGUGACGGACUGGUGGGUGCUGCCCACAAGCGCUGGUGCAUGCUGCGUGCGCUCCUGGAUCAGCUUCGGCCUGGGGCAUGCCAAUGCCACGCUGGCCCUCCUCUGCUUCCUGGGCACUUUCUUGGUGCAGAGCUGGCCAGACCACUACAAUGGCGCCCGCGGCCUCACUUUUGCCAUGCUGGCCUACUCCGUCACCUGCAUCUCCUUUGUGCCCCUUGCCAAUGUGCACGUGCAGAUGGGCGCCAUCCUCCUCUGCGCCCUGGGCAUCCUGGCCACCUUCCACCUGCCCAAGUGCUACCUGCUGUUGCGGGGGCUGGAGCUCAACACCCCUGAGUUCUUCCUGGGAGAUGAUGCUAGAGGGCAGGGCAGCAGUGUACUGAGGGAAAGGAGACUCGGGGCAAAAACAAGUGACCCCUGACCCAGUGACCUCACCCAGUGAACCCAGACUUAGUUGAGAUUCCCCCAAACCAAGUUCCUAUGAAGCAACCCCCAGACUGUACCCCAGCUGCUGAGACCACCCCAGCUCUAGAUCCUGACUGCAGGCUGACUGCUGACCUUGACACCACAGUGAUCCUUGGGCUUGCAGCAUUCACGAAGGGCCUCACACCCACCUGGGGCCUGAGAGCAGCUCUAUAUCUGUCCUAGCCAAGCCUUGGCCAGGGCCAACCCAGGUGAUCCAGCCCCACUGUUCCAGAAAGAGGCCCAUAAAAAGGUUCCUUGGGGCUCCUGUAGCUCAUGCCGAGAGCUCAGGAAAGCCCCCAGUCCGAUCACUUGAAGUCCAAGCUGGGCAUUACUUGCCUGGCCAGGCCCAGCCUGGAGCCUCCAGCCAGCACCCCAUCCAAGCAUCACAGGGAAGGGAGGUUGGUGGGUGAUGGGAGCUGUUCUGACCCCUUUGCAGGGACAUGUGACUGAUCGUGGGCCCCAGAGUGGGACGGGAAUGAUGAACAGAGCAGAGGCCUACUUGCAGGGGGGAGGGGGGGAAUGGGGCGCACACCCAAGCUCCUCCUCUCUCCGUGGCCCGGCCCGAGCGGGUAAAAUGGGGUCAGGUGGCCACCAGCACCGUGGACAGAGUCCUGGGGGUCAGCACCAAGGCCAGCAUCCACAGCCAAGACCCCUGGAGCCAGGAGCUAGCACCACG